AUGAAAUGCAAGUCAUAUCAAAGGUCAGAUGUUAAGCGAGUGUUGGUGUCUGCAGGUGGCGAUCACACGAUUGCAUAUCCAAUCCUGCAAGCUGUUGCUGAGAAGCAUGGUCCGGUGGGUCUGGUCCAUGUCGAUGCUCAUGCUGACACCAGUGACGUGGUCCUUGGGGAGAAGAUUGGACAUGGGACUCCAUUCCGACGCUGUGUGGAGGAAGGGCUACUGGACUGUAAGAGAGUGGUGCAGAUCGGCCUGCGGGGUUCAGGCUACUCCCCGGACGCGUAUGAGUGGAGCCGAGCGCAGGGUUUCCGUGUGGUCCAAGCAGAAGAGUGCUGGUUCAAAUCUCUGGAACCUCUGAUGGCUGAGGUCAGGGCUCAGAUGGGCAGCGGCCCAGUGUACCUCAGUUUCGACAUCGAUGCUCUGGACCCAGGCUUCGCCCCUGGAACAGGAACUCCGGAGAUAGCAGGGCUCACUCCCAUCCAGGGGGUUGAGAUCAUCCGAGGCUGUCGUGGUCUGAGUCUUGUCGGAUGUGAUCUGGUGGAGGUGUCACCACCUUACGACACCACAGGGAACACUGCGCUCACUGGUGCCAACCUCCUCUUUGAAAUGUUGUGCGUCCUCCCGAAAGUUAAAUAUCACUGAUCAGAAUAGACCUCACACCACAGGUUCAAUACCUGAAUACCAAAUCCAGUUCAUUUGAUUAUAACCAUCAAGGGGAUGGAUACAGUUUUGAAAACCAACUGAAGCAUAUGACAGGAUGUCAUUUAAACUAAAUUGCCAGAGAAAUUAGCAUUUUGUCGUUAAUGAAUAUUAACUGCAGCCCUUUCAUAAAUUAAUAUAUAUUCACUUUAUAUUUCAAGCUGCUCGUUAGCAAAAUGUUUACAUACAAUAUUUACAUCACACAGUAUCAACAUUUGUCAAAUCCAUUUAGUCUUAAGUACAAAUAUACAAAGAAAUAUGUAAAAUGCAGUAUUUCAGUGCCUGGUGAACUGACGGAGAUCUGUGUUUUCUUCUCUUUACAAUUGCCAAACAAGUCGUUGUUAUGGGGACUGUUGAGUUUUUAUGGCCUUGAUCUAAUCACGCGAAGUGCCUUGAGAUAAUUUAUGUUAUGAUUUACAAAUAAAUAUACAAAUGAAAUUGAA